AUGGAAAAUCUUUCUCUCGUUCUUGGACCGGUAGCACAAUAUCAUGAAAACAGUGCCUACUACUCUGCUCAAUGUCCAAAGCCGAACGCCAAGAUCGAUGGUGCCGCUAGAUGGAGUGAGACUGUUGAACAAAUUGUUGUCAGGAACAGCAGCGAAAAUGGGACUGAAGGUGAUUUAAAAGAGGUGGAACGGGAACUUCAGAUAGAAGUCCGGGUCGGUGGGCUUCCUCAUAUCAUGAUUCAGUGCCCUGUUUACAAGGAGAGCUUGGAAUUGACGAUUGCUCCUUCGGUAUACUCAAUCAAGAAAGCCAUGCAAACGUAUGAUCGACUGGAGUUCUACGCCAACCACAAUAUCGGCUGGGUCGCAUGUCCCCGUCACUCUUCUGGUCCAGGUGGUUUCAAACGUGCGGGUAAAUUGAAAAAAUCUGGUACGGUGAAGAAGGUCAUCGAUGAGUCGGGCAAGGAGACCGAGGAAGUGGUUUAUCAUCGUCCAUGGGCUGGAGGAACUCGGAGUUUGCGCGUUGGAGAGAUUAUUUUAAUCAUUGAUGCGGAUACUGUUGUGCCAGAGAACUGUUUCCGAGAUGCCGCAUGGGAAAUGGACGUCAUGCAAGUCGCACGCUAUUACUUUGAGAAUGGUAUCACUCGUUUCACACGGAGGAUUCAUAAAUGUAUCUCAUACGGGUGUGCGAACGGAGAAGUCGCGCCAUUCGUUGGUCAUAACGUAUUCCUGCAAUGGAAGGCCGUUCAGGAUACUAGCUUCAUUGAUCCCGCUGACGGUCGACGGAAGAUGUGGUCUGAAGCAAACAUUUCAGAGGAUUUCGAUUUUGCCCUUAGGCUGUUGCUGACAGGUUAUACGUUGCGAUGGGCGAGAUACUCGCAGGGUGGUUUCGAAGGGGGUGUGAGUUUGACUAUGGUAGAUGAAUUAGCGAGGUGGCAGAAAUACGUUUAUGGUUGUGAUGAGAUCAUCUUCAACCAACUCAUCAAGUGGUGGAGACACGGACGUAUCAGUAAACAACUUCGAGAAUUCAUGCAGUCUGCUGCGCCUGUUCAUUACAAGAUAGGCGAGUCACUACGCAUGAGUAGUUGCAUGUUCUCGUAUUAUGGUAUCGUUGCCGCUACCAUUGGGUCGAUUCUGAAUUACCUUCUGCUCGGCCUUGGCCCCGACCUCGACCGGUUCUAUUUGCAUUCGUUCGAAAUUCUCCUUGCCUGUGUGGUGGUGUUCCCUUCCCUGGGAAACCUCGGUUUCACCAUGUUGGAAUAUCGUCUCGGACAUCGAAGUAUUUGGAGCAGUGCCGUGGAGAAUCUGAGAUGGGUUCCGUUCUUGCUGUUUUUCUUUGGAGGUUUGAGUACCCAUCUUUCGACUGCUAUGUUGGUGCAUCUCUUCUCGUAUGAUAUGACUUGGGGCUCCACAGGAAAGGAAGUCGAGAAAUCGACGUUUUGGAUUGAAGUGCCUCGUAUCAUCAAGAACUUCAAGCUUUCUAUCAUCAUUUGCCUUCUGCUUAUUGCAAUGAUGGUAGUGUUCACCACAGACGCGGUUCCCUUUGCUUGGCAGAUUCUUGGGUGGGACUGGGCGUUGAUCAUACCGCUCAGCUUGGUUGUUGGAUGUCACCUAUUCCUACCGAUUGUUUUGAACCUUUGGUUGAUGAAGUUCUCCUACCAGUUAUAUGAAAUGGUACAUGACAUGUGGACGUUAUUUUUCGAGGACUUUGGAGCUUCAGAAUCGAUCACAUACUUUGUCUCGUACAUAUAUUUAUAG